UGCUGUAACAGACUGACAGAGGAAAUUCCUUCUGUCCCCUGACUUCCAGGAGUCACCAUAUCAGCCAAAGCUGAGCCAUCAAACAGGAAAACCCCGUUUUCCCUGGGAUGUCAGAAGUGGCUGCAGGACGAGAUAUUCGCGGAUUUAACAUGUGUUGAUUACAUCCUUUUCUCAGAGUCUUUCUUUUAAAGGUUAUUUUCCUCCUUUUGUUCUGUUGCAUUUCCUGUCUUGGACCACAGCUGUUAUGGCUUGCUCAGAGAAUGCUCAGCUGCAAACAUGUUUGCAGAGCUCCUGCUAUAGUGUCAGCUCUCUCUCAAAGGGCACAAAGGACAAUAAAACACUCCCAUUUUCUCAGGAAAAAACAGUCAAAGCAUGGAGCUCACCGGAGAAUCUGGACUAUCCUGGGAUUAAAGAUGACUGCCCUAAAGGUGAGAAGACACCCAAACCUCAGCAGAACAUGAACUUAAAUGUAGGAGGGAAAGUGUUUUACAUUCCAAGAAUGUGUGCAGUUAGAUAUCCUAACACUCGAAUAGGCUCCUUAGCUCUCUGCAGGGACCAGGCAAAACUCCUCACCCUCUGUGAUGACUACUCUGUGUGCAGCAACGAGUUCUUCUUUGACCGGGAUCCUGCCUUCUUUCACCACAUCUGCCAUUUCUAUGCAACUGGAGUGCUUUGGAUCAUAGUGGAAAUGUGUCCCAUCAGCUUUGAGGAAGAAAUUGCAUACUGGGGCCUGAGCCUGAAGGACACCCAGCUUUGCUGUUGGAUGGUGUUUCAGGAGAAGGUAGAUGAGGUGAAGGAGAACCUGAAGGUGGAAAGAGAACUAAUGGCUGAGGUCGAGGUAAAGUACAAUGAUGAGUAUUUCAAGGACAUGAUGUUUGGGGAUGUUCGGAUGACUAUGUGGAACAUUGUGGAGAAUCCGUACUCGUCAACUCUUGCGAAGACUUUCACUCUGCUCUCUAACAUUUUCGUGCUCUUGUCCAUCGCUGCGAUGUGUCUCAACUCUGUGGAAGAACUACAGUCAUACACAAUUGAUGGCAAAACCUACAUGGAGUGGGGAGAGAUCGUCACCAUUGUGUUCUUCACCUUUGAGUAUUUGAUUCGUCUCAUCACCACUCCCGACAUUGUAUUAUUUUUGAAGAGCGGACUUAACUUUGUGGACAUGGUUUCGGUCAUGCCUUAUUUUGUCCAGAUCAUCUUUGAAGCCUUUACUGACUCCGAGGAUGUGAAUGCACAGGAAGACCUCAGGGCCAUGGCCCGGGUCAGUAAGCUCAGCCACGUCCUCAAAAUUGUCAAGUUGCUGCGGAUCUUUCGGAUUUUGAAGCUAGCCCGCCAUUCGACCGGCAUGAGGGCCUUUGCAUUUACUCUGCGGAGGUGCUACCAGGAGGCCUCUUGCAUUUUCCUCUUUAUCGCCUUGGGAAUCUUCACAUUCUCUGCUCUCCUGCAUUCAGCAGAAAGGGAAACCGAGGGCUCUCCCAUCAGCAGUAUCCCAUACGCCUGGUGGUGGGCAGCAGUUAGUAUCUCCACUGUGGGCUAUGGGGAUGUGGUUCCUGUAACCAUCCUGGGCCGCAUCGUGGCCUUUGGAUGCAUUACUUUUGGGAUAAUCCUCAACGGCAUGCCGAUUUCCUUCCUGUUUAACAAGUUCUCUGAUUACUACAGCAAACUAAAGACCCAAGCUUACAAUUCUACCUCAGUCCAGCGCCACUUUCAGCUUAAGAAGAGACUCAAGCGUAAAAUGGAUGCAUGGUUCCAUCCCUUUGAAGAAGAUGACACCGCAGCCCAAUCCCCACGCUAAGUGCAUCUCAUACAUGACCACUGUGUACUGUGAACGUGCUGCAGCAUGAACCUCAAGCUGCCUUCAAAAAUGACAAUGUGGUGCAAAAAAAUUAAACCUAGUACAUGUGAAUGAGGGCAGGAAGAGGAAGUGGAAAGUUUCUUUGUACUGAUGCAGUUUCUGGCCUGGUAGUUUCACAACUACCACAUGCGCCACUGUUUCUUUUUCAUUGUGUAUGCAUCUUGUAUUUAAGUAAUUCAUGCGAUUGAAAAGGAGCCUGGAUGUCAAACCCAAGUUUUUAACCUCAGGUGAAUCCAUCGUGAUGCUUAUCUUCCACCUGACACCCAUGAAUUAUAAAUAAUGAGUGCCUGUCAAUGUGACCUCCUUUUUUAAGUAUGUGUCACAUGCGACUGCGACAUACCAAACAGGGCUGAAAGGGGUUUCUGCUUGCCAUAUAGGUUACAUUGUAGAUUUCCCGCUAAAGCAAAAUUCAACACUAAGGAAUAAUGACCCUGACAUGAUGUUUUGGUGGAGGUCAAAUUAAACUUUUCUGGAUAAAAUGUGAGCAGGUUUUGACAUGUGCCAAAAGGACAAUGUAUUCUCUUUGUUCCCGAAUUGCCUAAACUUGGGAUUAAUAAAAACAAAUGAAUACAACAAAACUUGCAUGUUUUGAGUUGCAGUAUGUUAGCCUCAAAGGUUAAGUAAUAAAUUACCAACACAUUUUCAAAAUUGUCUUUAAAAUGGAUGUUUAUUGAUAGAGAGUUGCAUUUUGUAUCCAGUUUCUUUACAUUCAUGUCAAUGUUGGCUGCCAGAUAAACAGUGUUUAUAAAAAAAUAAUCUUUUAUAAACACUCCAUUGUGUAAGAAUUACAGAAAGGGCUUUUGUACAAACACAUAUCUCAUGCAAAUAAUUUAACCAAAGGGUCAGAACGUGUGUAUGCAUAUAUUCUUUCUAUAGUCGCCUCUGGGCUCUGUACCAGGAAAUAAAACAGGAAAUAAAAGGUUAUUUUGAUAUUUAAUGCCAAUGACGGGGGGGGGGGGGGGACUUCACAACAGUUCCUGUCACAAGACUGAUGCUCCCAGUUCUUCACAGUGUUUAGUGUAAACAUUAAACAUUUCUUAUAUG